AUGUGCCCUUUCCCGCAGCUGUCCAGCAACGCCUCGGGGACUGCAGGUGGCGCCUGUUUGCCGUUUUACCGCUCCUCUGCCGCCUGUGGCUCCGGGAUCCAAGGCGCCUUCUUUGGCAACCUGACCUUGGCCAACCCGCGACAGCAGAUGAACGGGCUGACCUCAUUCCUGGACGCGUCCACGGUGUACGGCAGCUCCCCGGCCUCAGAGAAGCAGCUGCGCAACUGGACCAGCGCCGAGGGGCUGCUCCGGGUCAACACGCGCUACGGGGACACGGGCCGCGCCUACCUGCCCUUCACGCAGCCGCCCGCGCCCACGGCCUGCGCGCCUGAGCCCGGCCCCCGCGGGACGGCCGGAGCGCCCUGCUUCCUGGCGGGGGACGGCCGUGCCAGCGAGGUCCCCGCUCUGACAGCCGUGCACACGCUCUGGCUGCGUGAGCACAACCGCCUGGCCUCCGCGCUCAAGGCUCUCAACGCGCACUGGAGUGCCGACACCACCUACCAGGAGGCGCGCAAGGUGGUGGGCGCCCUGCACCAGAUCAUUACCAUGCGGGACUAUGUUCCCAAAGUCCUGGGCCCCGAGGCCUUCCAGCAGCACGUGGGCCCCUAUGAGGGCUAUGACCCCGCUGUGGACCCCACCGUGUCCAAUGUGUUUUCCACGGCCGCCUUCCGCUUCGGCCACGCCACGGUGCACCCGCUGGUGAGGCGGCUGGACGCCCGCUUCCAGGAGCACCCUGGCCUUCCCCCUCUGCGGCUGCAGGACGCCUUCUUCAGCCCGUGGAGGCUUCUCAAGGAAGGUGGUUUGGACCCCCUGGUGAGGGGCCUUCUCGCGAGACCAGCCAAGCUGCAGGUGCAGGACCAGCUGAUGAACGAGGAGCUGACGGAGAGGCUGUUCGUGCUGGGGAGCUCGGGCAGGCUGGACCUGGCGUCCAUCAACCUGCAACGCGGCCGGGACCACGGCCUGCCAGGCUACAACGCGUGGAGGGAGUUCUGCGGCCUGCCCAGACUGGAGACGUGGGCCGACCUGCGCACCGCCAUGGCCAACGCGAGCAUCGCCGGCCGGAUAAUGGACCUGUAUGGGCACCCCGACAACAUCGACGUCUGGCUGGGCGGCCUGGCCGAGACCCUCCUCCCCCAGGCCCGCACGGGUCCGCUGUUUGCGUGCCUCAUUGGGAGGCAGAUGAAGGCCCUGCGGGACGGGGACCGGUUCUGGUGGGAGAGCAGCGGGGUGUUCACCGAGGCCCAGCGGCGCGAGCUGGCGAGGCAUUCCCUGUCCCGGGUCAUCUGUGACAACACGGGCCUCCCCAGCGUGCCCACUGACGCCUUCCAAAUCGGGAGAUUCCCGCGGGACUUUGAGUCAUGCGAGAACAUUCCAGGUCUGAACCUGGACAUGUGGAGGGAGGCCCUUCCUCAAGGGGACGCGUGCAGCCUCCCGGACGGCGUGGACAACGGGGGCUUCGCGCUCUGCGGCGAGUCUGGGCGGCGCGUGCUCGUGUUCUCCUGCCGCCAUGGGUUCCAGCUGCAAGGCCAGGAGCAGGUGGCCUGCUCCCCCCGCGGCGCGGAUCCCCAGCCCCCCGUCUGCAGAGAUAUCAACGAGUGUGAAGACGUCACACACCCUCCCUGCCAUCCGUCGGCCCGGUGCAGGAACACCAAGGGCAGCUUCAGGUGUGAGUGCACGGAUCCCUACGUGCUGGGGGAGGACGGAAGGACAUGUGUAGACUCCGGGAGGCUCCCGAAGGCGUCCCUGGUCUCCAUCGUGUUGGGCGCCCUGUUGGUCGGCGGCCUGGCAGGCCUCACCUGGACAGCGGUUUGCCGGUGGACGCUCACGGGCCGUAAAGCCUCACUGCCCAUCGCGGAGACAGAUGGAAGAGGGACCUGCCAGCCGGGCCAUGGAGCACGCCGGGACACGAGUGUGCCUCAGCCUGGUGCCCCCACUCCGGGCGCAGGGCAGGACCCGGCCUGUGGAUCCCAAAUCCUUCUCUGCCAGUAGGAACCACAGUGGUGUGCUUGGAGGCCGGGCGUGAGCAGGUGCAGCUGUGGGCUGGUUCCUGGGAGCGGACGGUCGGUCCCGGGACAGGAACUCCCUGCACAACGAGGGGGGAGAUGUUCACUCUGGAAACACCGAUCCCGGCAUUUCCAUCCGGAAUAAAGUGUGUGCUGCUCCCCAAGCAAGAGUCACGUGUCCUUCGCAUUCACUUUCACGGGACGGU